AUGCAACAGAAAACCUACAUCAGCGUCACGACGCAGUACAGCUCGAAAAUAGCGCUAUUCGACAAGAAAUCCAACAAAAUGCGGAGAAAAUCUGGUUGUGAACGAAGUCAUGGUUAUGAGCAGCCAAUCCGAAAAAAAAGUACGAGUACUGAUACGGUUGUAAGACUGAUUAGAGGCAGCAUAGGGUCAAUUUCUCGACGACGACUUCUCCGUAGCAGAGGAUGGAUAGAGUGGUGUCCUCGACGAAGCGGCUCCAACUACCUGCUACUGAAUGGAAUCAAACACCGACGAUGA